AUGGCAAUUGAAGCAGCUCUGGCAGUACUCCAGACAGAAAUCAACUGUCCCAUCUGCCUGGAUGACCUUCGAGACCCUAUCACCAUUGAAUGUGGGCACAACUUCUGUCGCUCCUGCAUCCAGCAGUCCUGGGCUGAUGUGCAGGACAGGUUCCCUUGUCCUGUGUGUCGUCACCCAUGCAAAGACAGGCACAUGAGGAGCAACACCCAGCUGGGAAGGAUGGUUGACAUCACCAAGCUCCUCCAGAUCACCAGGGGCAAGAUGAAGCAGCAGGAAGGGAGGCGCUUCUGCAAGAAGCACAACAAGUCUCUGACCCUCUUCUGUGAGGAGGACCGAGAGCUGUUGUGUCCCCUGUGCACUCAGCCCCCUGACCACCAGGGCCACCAGGUGAGGCCCGUGGAGGAGGCUGCCUCUCAUCACAGGCAAAGGCUCAGCAGUUACAUUGAGCCCCUGAAGAAGCAGGUGGCAGACAUUCAGAAAUUAGUAGCCACCCAAGACAGGAAGCUAUCAGAACUGAGAGAAAAGGUGGAAAACCGGAGAGCGAAGUUAGCCUCUGAAUUUGAGAAUCUGAUACAAUCUGUAGAACAUGAGCAAGAGGCAGUUCUCUCAAGGGUAGCUGCAGAAGAGAAGCACAUUCAACGGAAUCUCAUUGCAAACAAAACUGCAUUUUCAGACCACAUUUCCAAACUUAAAGUUCAACUAAAGGAGAUGGCAGAGAAGAGUGUGAUGUCAGAUGUGAAAUUGCUGAUGAAUAUCAAGGGUGUCUUCCGCCAUUGUGAAAAUCUAGAACCUCCAGGUGUCUAUUGCUUCCAGUUUAGUAGAGAAGAAUUCAGUCUUCCUCCACAGUGUUCGGCCCUGCAGAAAAUUAUACAGAGAUUUAGAGAAGAAGUUACCCUGGAUCCCGAAACUGCACAUCCUAAUCUGGUUGUGUCUGAGGAUAAAAAGUCUGUGUCAUUUGUGAGGAAAAAGCAAAGAGUUCAUAAAAAUCCGAAGGGAUUUGCAGUCGACCCAGUUGUCCUGGGUACUGAAGGGUUUGACUGUGGCCGACAUUACUGGGAGGUCCAGGUUGAUGACAAGCCUGAGUGGGCCGUGGGGGUCUGUAAAGACACCCUUUCCAAGGAGGAAAAGCAGCCCCUGCUCAGACAGGAGAACAGAUGUUGGACAAUUCAGCUGAAGGAUGGUGACUAUGUGGCACAAGGGCCUGUUCCUGUCACCCUUGUGCUGAAGGAAAUGCCCAGAGGGAUUGGCAUCUACCUGGACUAUGAGUUGGGUCAGGUUUCCUUUUACAGUUUGAAUGACAUGUCUCACAUCCAUUCCUUCAGGGAUACUUUUUCUGAGGUGCUAAAGCCUUACUUCUAUGUCGGAUGUGAUCCAAAACCUCUUACUGUCUUUGCAUUAAAAGAUUAG